AUGUCAGGAAUCGAAGUUCCGUACCCAGUUGAAGCUCGGAAUUUCUUGGGAGAGGAGCUAGUAGUAGGAAGAUGCAACUCCUCUGGUGAUGGAAACCCAUCAUUGGAGGACGAUGGCCCGUCAGCUGAAGACAUGUUGGAUGACAUCCUACAUUUUCUUACAGUACGAUUAAACACUACGUCUUCAAUCCGGCACUACAGUAAACUUGGGUUCCGAACGUAUGAAGGCACUUGGACUGGUCUACUUGGGGCUCUAAUGGAUCAUACAGUAGACGUGGCUUUGGAACCAGUUACCGUUCACGCAGCUCGUCGACAAGAUAUGGACUUCAUCUUUCCUAUUGCUGAGACUAUGUGUAACAUCUAUAUUCGCCAGCAAGAGACUUCAACAGUCAGGGACAUAUUCCUGGCUCCGUUUAGCAUUCGCCUGGUCGCCUGUGUGGUGGCGGUAGUGCUGAUCGCCGCAAUAGCCAUUGUACUAAUCAGCCACGUGACCUCGACUAUCUGCUUGAAUGACCGCCGCAUGGGGUACACUGAAGCUCUGAUCUGGUCUACUGGGAUCCUCUGUCAGCAAGGGCAAUAUGAUUGUUCAGGAGGACAUCCCAAAAUAUAUCCGCCCCUAGCAACAUCUGUACCUCAGACGGUGUUGAGAAACUUGGAUCUGCGAGGUGGUACGUGGACGCCUUCGAAUCCCUCAGGAAGUAUGUUGUUGAUCGUAUGCCUGUUCUUUGCUGUUGUUACCUACAAUGCAUAUGCGGCAUUUAUAACCUCAGUUCUGUCUGUGAGAGUGGCUAGUGUAGACACCAUAGCCGCUGUCCUUCAUUCACCGAACUUCAAGAUCGGGUACAUAAGGAAUGGAGCUGAUCAAAUGUAUCUUAUGUCGACAAAGGAUGUCCAGUUGAAUGCUUUUUACAUUCGAGGUUAUUCCGAUGCGGAUAAUUUAGUAUCGUCUGCGGAAGAAGGACUGGCCAGAGCUGCGAGUCAAGACUAUGCUUUCUUUGCGGGACAAAGAGUCGCACGAGCAACUUUAAGUCUUCUCCAACUUCGUAGUGGUGGUGCACUGGCCCGCCUUGAGGCAGCCCUCGUUCCGGACAUGCCGCAGUGUGCGCCGCCGCCCGGCUUUGCCUCCGCAAGAGCUACUGACGUACGAUCCGCACUCAUCUUACUUAUCGUCGGGCUCACCACAUCUCUAACUAUUGGUAAAACUCAAUGUUCACAAUCUUCCUCAUAG